CAGAUGUAUUAUGUAAUAACUUGUGAUAACUACUGCUCAGUCGUCCCAGAUAUUUGGGUGAACCUCUCAGAGAAAACUUUUGCGUUUCCGACUACAGGAACCAACGCCACGAGUGCAAUUAAAAAGAAAAUUCGCUCUGAAGAUGAUUGGAACAUUUACGAAAAUCGUAAAAUAUUAGGACCCUACGAUAGUUAUGAAAGGGCUCGAAGUAUAGAAAAAACUUGCAUCAAUAUAUCUAGUUCCGAUGAAAUGCAGUUGAAGGCACUAUCGGAGCAAUCGACGCCAAUAUUGCCUGUGAAACGUCUAGUGACUAAAAAGCGUUUUUACGACAAAAGUGACGAAAGCGAAACAAAUAAUCAAUUACAAAGUAUAAAUUAUGUUCCAAUUUUAAUGGUUUGUUAUAUUGCAGAUAUGUUAUGGGAUAAAGUGGACGGUUUAAGUAAAGAAUUUCAUGAGUUUAGAACUGACAGCAAACAACAAUUCCAAAAAAAUAUGUCAAAAAUGAAAGAACUAAUUGCAAUCUUGAAAGAAAAAUGCCCAAAUACUGCGAAUGACGAAAACCCAAUGGAUAACUUAUCAUUGUUGCCCGAUUUCCCAUUAUUAUCCAGAGAAGAAUUUUUUGAAUUUAAUAAUAGAUUAAAAAAUGAUGAAGCAAUUUGUAAAUGCUUUCAAACUAUUAUGCAAAUAGGUGGAGGUGAUACAAGCCAAAAAAUCGUCUCCAAUAUCUUAUCAUAUACAAUAACAUACGAUUUAGGACAUAAGUUGUCUUGGACCGGUGCGAAAGGAUCGAUUGCUGUGAAAGAUUCUCCUUUUAUUAAUAUUGUUGUUGGAGUAAUCAGUGCUAAAAAUAAGAGGAAUAUCGAUGACACCAUCGUAGAAAUACAAAAACACAUUAAAAACUGGCUGCAACAUGCGGGCGAUAAAAUGCGCUAUCAUUUAAAAAAAGUAAACCAGUAAUUUUAUUAUAAUAAUAUAUUUAUAUGUGAUACAUAAAUGCUACUGUAUAGCAUAUAUAUUCAAGUAUAUAAUAUAUGUAUUCAAGGUGACCCAAAAA